CUCUGCAUUUUGUUUCUGUUUCAACUUGUGAAUUUUAGUCUUUGCCAUGGACAAUAGCAACGCAAGCAGGAUGAGCCAGUUUACCUUUGAUCAACUCGGUCACAGUGGUGUAGCGUCAAACCCCUACGCUCACGACGCUUUGGUUCCACAAGACCAAUCACGCAGCGGAUCGACACCAUUCUCCUACCUACAAAAUUUGGCGGCACCAAAUCUUCAGCUUCAGGAUCACCAGCACUAUGGAAACUUGUUUGAUGGAGUAAUGUUUCCCCCCUUGCCAGAAGUCUCUACGGGCAUGGGCUCCAAUGUGAACACACGACUCGUACAUCAUGAUGCGUUUGCGCCUUUGGGUGAUAGUAAGUUGAUGGCAGCACCAGCGCCAGCAAUGGCCUUACAGCCAAGACGACAGCAUCUCCAGCCGCCAAAUAUUCCUGGCUUACUUGACUUGCUACCAAGCCCACACGACCUCAGCCAGUCACUACCACAGAGUAAAGUAUUCGGAAAGCAGCCGUCAUUGAAAGAACCUGAAAAUCCAGCGACAACAUUCUCCUUCCACCAAGGUCAGACGGCACCGAUCCUCCGCAUAGCCUAAUGCCGGAUAACCAGCAUACUUCCAAUAGCUUGAGUGAUGCAGCACUCUUUCCGUUCCCGCCACAAGUUUCUAAAGGCGUCAGCUCAUUUGGAAAUAUAGGAUUCCCUCAUGAUGUGUUUGCGCCUACUGGUGACACGAAUGCGAUGGUCGUGUCAAGGCAAGGACGACAAUAUAUUCCAAGUUUACCGGAAAUGCCACCAAGUCGUUGUCACGACCUCAGUGAGCCACUUCCACAGAACACCUGCCUCGGGCAGCAGCUGUCAAUGAAAGAACCUGAUAACUCAGCGACACCAUUCUCCUUAAACCUAGGUCAAGCGGAACCACUCCUUCAGCCUAACCUACCCAAUAGCUUGAGUGAUGCAGCAAUCUUUCCCUACCUGCCAAAGGUCUCUACCGCUAUGCCCUCCGAUGUAAAUACAGGAUCACAUCAUGAUGUGUUUGCGCUAUUGCGUGGUAGUGAUGUGAUGCUAUCACCAUCACUAGCAAGGGGCCUACAACAACAACAACAACGACAACAACAUCACAAGCCGCCACUUAUUCCCAGGUUGCAUGUAAUGCCACCACAUCAACACGACCUCGUCGAGCCGCUGCCACAGAGUAACUUACUUGGACAGCAGCCGUCGACUAAAGAACCUGCAAAAUCUGCCAAAGACAAACUAGUCUGCCCGGAAUGCAAUAAGAGUUUCUCGUAUCCGUCGGAAUUCAAAAGACACAUAUCGGUGCACACUGGCGAGAGGCCAUAUCCUUGCAGAGAGUGUGGAAAAACCUUCAAGAUGAAGUAUUAUCUAAAUAUUCACAGGAGAACACACACAGGUUACAAACCAUAUAUGUGCACAAUCCCGGGCUGCGAACAGGCAUUCUCACAGUCCGGCCAUCGCAACCGCCAUGUGCGUACCCACAAGGCGAAUAUCGAGAAGCAAGCCAAACGUGCCAUUGGAUGCAACUAAACAGACACUGCUCCAGCAUCUCCAGUUCAAACACGACAAUGUCGGCAGGAGCACCAAAUCAGAAGAUAACAGCGCCAGGAAAUGCGGUUAUAGGGGUGUACGUUUUUGUAAACAUGCUUUCUGUGUUGGCGUGCACUGUGUGGAAUUUGAGCAAUAGAAUGAUCUGACAAGUGUGUGUGUGUACAAGUAGUAUCCUGGCCUAAACUGCAUUUGCUGCUGCACCCAUCCUAACACCCUCCGCUAUCAACACAGUCACGUCUUUGAUUUAUAUUUUGCAAAACAGUAUAUUAUGUACAGGGUAUUAUUGUUGUAGAACGAUGUGUUGGUUUUCUGAAUGAUGAAAUUUCCUGUGUCUCUUGUCUCGCGUAUAGUUUGUAGUGGCAUUUUUGGUUUUGUCGAGUUUUGACUUGUUUUGCUACAAUGUCCGAUUGUUCGUUUGUGGCUUUUUUCUUUUAGUGCUGCGGUUCCUUUUGCUACAUGUGGUUGUUAUAUAAUCCAAUACUAGUACAAUACUAGUAUUAGAGAAACCUUGUUAGAGUUCACACAUGUUGCUAGUUUCAUG